AUGCAAGAUUAUCAAAAAAACUUUUUAGAUUUAGCUGUUGAAUCAAAAGCUUUAAGAUUUGGUGAAUUUACUUUAAAAUCUGGUAGAGUUUCACCAUAUUUUUUCAAUUUAGGUUUAUUUUCAACUGGUAAAUUAUUAUCAAAUUUAGCUUCAUCAUAUGCAAUUGCAAUUAUUAGUUCUGGUUUAGAAUUUGAUAUUAUUUUCGGUCCUGCUUAUAAAGGUAUCCCAUUAGCUGCAAUCACUGCUGCUAAAUUAGCUGAAAUUGGUGGUUCAAAAUAUGAAAAAGUUGCUUAUGCUUUCAAUAGAAAAGAAAAAAAAGAUCAUGGUGAAGGUGGUUCAAUUGUUGGUGCUACUUUAGAAGGUAAAAGAAUCUUAAUCAUUGAUGAUGUUAUGACUGCUGGUACUGCAAUCAAUGAAGCUUUUGAAAUUAUUGGUCAAGAAAAGGGUAAUGUUGUUGGUACUAUUAUUGCUUUAGAUAGACAAGAAAAAACUGUUGAUUCUCAAUUAAGUGCUACUCAAGUUGUUUCCAAGAAAUAUGAUAUUCCAGUCUUAUCAAUUGUUGGAUUAAACGAUAUUGUUACUUACUUAUCUGGUCGUAUAUCGGAAGAAGAAAAGGCAAAAAUUGAACAAUAUCGUCAAGAAUUUGCUCCUGUUAAAAUUAAUUAA